CUCUCUCUCUCUCUCUCUCUCUCUCUCUGUCUCUCUCUCGCUCGCGCGUUGGUUGGAACGCUGCGAACUUCACCGGCGCGUGGAGUGAGCUCCAUUAAAGCAUGUCCAAGGAUUUGAAAGAUAGUAAGGUUACAAUAGCUUCUUAUGCAAAUGUUUCUGUGAAGAUUAAGGUAGAGGAAGCAGAAGGGGAAGAGGAAGAAUAUGAUAAAGGCCAAAAUUGUGUGAAUAGUGAUGUCCAAAGACAUGAUUCUGGUAAUAUUAUUGCUGAAAGGCAUUCAAGGAAAAUCCUUGGCCCUUUCAGGAAAAGAUUGACUAGAAAUGUUAGAGGGAAACCUUUACUUAGUAUACACAGGGCUAGGUUGAGUAGUUUGCUUAUGAAGUUGACGAAGAUGCAUAGUUGGAAGGAGGCCAGUGGUGUCGUAAGCAUCCUGUUAAAAGGGACCCCUCGUGGUUACUCGCUGAUUGACGAUGACAGAAGUUUCUUGGUUGCUAUGGAGCUUCAUAGGCAGUUCAAAAGCACAAGCCAUUACCAAACAAAAAUCAGGCAGUUAUUUGAAAUAAGAAUGGAUAGGCUUAUCUGGGCAAAAAAGUGCCCAUAUAAGAAGCCCUCAAUUCAGCUGGAGUUGGCUCUUUUCUAUAUUUCACAAGGAAAUAUCCAAGAAGCUCACAACAUUACAAAAUCCCUGGUUCAAGGUUCUUCUGUCAUUGACCCAAAAGUAAACCUGAUACACGGGCUGAUAUUGUAUCAACUUUGGUAUUCUAGUCUUCCUGGAGAGAUGCAGAUCAAGGGCUUUAACAAUCAGAUGGCAUUUGAUACCCAUAACAUGCCAUCCAAUGGAUGUGAUGAAACUGAAAUAUUCGAAAGUUCAAAUGAUCAUUAUGCUAUUUAUAACAAGAAUAGCAAUACCUCUUCUAGAUUUGCUUCUGAAAGCUCAGUUGGCAAUGGCAAGGUUUUUCCUGGUUGCUGGUCUGAUGCCAAAAAGAAACCAUUUCAAGAUGCUUCACCAACCCCUCUAUUCUAUAUGGAGAGAUCUGAAGAAAACAGUGUUCCUGGGGUUCCUGAUACUGUUCAUAGGUUCUUGAAUAAGUCCAUUUUCUUUGCACAUGACAAGUUGGAUGCAAGUUUACUGCCUUUAAAGCUGAAGCACUCAAGCAUCAUCUGUGAAGACUUCAUUCACUCACAUAGAAGGUCCAUUAAUGAAUAUUAUGAGGAUGCUGUGAAGAAUUUGCAGCUUGCUCUUCAUUCAACUCCUCCCUUAUUUGCAGCCUUACUGCCUCUAGUACAGAUUCUCUUGCUUGGUGAUCGAGUUGGAGAAGCAUUUAAUGAACUUGAAGAAUUUUCCUGUGAUAGAGAUAUAGUGCUUGUUUACAGAAUAAAGGCUAGACUUUUGGAGUGCUUUUGUAGCAACCAAGCUAGUUUGAUAUCUAGCUGCUAUGAGAAUGUCUUGAGGAGGGAUCCUACUUGUAGUUAUUCUUUGGAAAGGCUGAUCAAGAUGCACAAAAUUGGAAGCUACAGUACAUUCCCACUUUUAGAGAUGAUUGUUCUAAACCUGGAUGCCACCCCUGGGAAUGUUAAUGUGUGGGGAGAACUUGCUUCAUGCUUUCUCAAGCUUGUAAUGACCAUGAAUGGUGAUUACGAAGAUUGUAACUCAACUAAUGAAAGAAGUAUAAAAGAUGCUUCACAUAAGAAUAUUCCAAAAGCAUUUGAGGAGAGACAUACAAGGGAAUCAUGGAAACUUCGUUGUAGGUGGUGGGCAACACACCAUUUUAGCAGGAAAGCCUAUAUGCAGGAUCUUCAAGCUGGUGCUUUGAAACUCUUGGCAUCAAAAGCUGCCUGCGCAUCUCACUUGUAUGGUCCCAGGUGUGAAUUUGUUGUGCAUGUUCUUAGCAGCCUAAGAAAGGAAGAUAGUAUUGACCAGAUCACAGUCUUAAGCCAACACAUUCUGAACUCGAUGAAGUUGGCUCAUCUCUUGAGUGAUGCAAUUAUUCUGUAAAAAUGGGGACACCAGAACUUUUAGUUAAAUGAUGCUUGUUCUCAUAGGUUCUCUUCUUCCCAGUAUGUGCCAGUUCUCUGUUCUUGGGUUAUACAUAUGACCACCAACAUUUCAUGUUUUGUUGGUUUUUGUCAUAUGCCAGCAGGGCCAUGUACAUAUUAUAUUUCAGGCUUUAAAGAGAAAUUUUCAGUUCCAA